AAAUAAGACGACCUUUGGAUGUGCGAGAACGAUUAGAAGUUUAAAUCUAGAGUUUCUUUUACACGUACGUAUCUAUGUAUGUCUGUAUAUAUAUACUCUGAGCAACCAACGAGAGUACACAUUAGAAUGGCGUUACUCGUGAGUGUAUUGGCAUUGUUAUUCACUGUAACAACGGCUUACAAAAUUCCUCAUUAUGUUAACGGGCACGAUACUAUGGUCCAUCUCUUCGAAUGGAAAUGGAAAGAUAUUGCGGAUGAGUGCGAAAGAUUUUUGGGACCGAUGGGCUACGGUGGCGUACAGGUUUCACCGAUUCAAGAGAACGUAAUCAUACCUUCUCGGCCAUGGUGGGAAAGAUAUCAACCAAUAUCGUACUUAUGGAGAACGAGAUCUGGCAACGAGCAAGAAUUCAAGGACAUGGUACGAAGAUGUAACAAUGCUAAUGUAAGGAUAUACGUCGAUGUUGUAUUCAAUCACAUGAGUGGAACACACAAGGAUGCAAAAGGAACUGGGGGUUCAACAGCAGAUACUUACAAAUACGAUUAUCCUGCCGUACCAUAUUCGAUUAAAGAUUUUCAUUCUAAGUGUGAUAUAACGGAUUAUAGAAAUGCAAGUAAUGUACGCAAUUGCGAAUUGUUGGGUCUUCACGACCUUGAUCAAAGCAAAGAGUACGUGAGAGGAAAGAUCGUUGAUUUUUUGAACGCAGCUAUCGACGCUGGGGUAGCCGGUUUUAGGAUCGAUGCAGCAAAACAUAUGUGGCCAAAGGAUUUAGCAGUUAUUUAUUCGAGAAUUAAGAAUCUUAACACGGAACAUGGAUUUGAACCUCAUUCAAAGCCAUAUAUUUUCCAAGAGGUUAUAGAUUAUGGUGGCGAGGCGAUAUCAAGAACAGAAUAUGAGUUCGCUGCGGUGACGGAAUUCCGACAUGGUCGCGAAAUCGGUAAUGCUUUAUUUGGCAAAAAUGAUUUGAAAUGGUUUGUUAACUGGGGUGAAGCUUGGGGUCUCAUGCCUUCGGCUGAUGCUUUGGUAUUCAUUGACAAUCACGAUACUCAACGUGCCGAUGGUACACUCAAUUACAAAUUUUCCAAGUUGUACAAGAUGGCCGUAGCCUUUAUGUUGUCUCAUACUUAUGGUACACCACGAGUCAUGAGUUCUUAUCAUUUUAAUAAUUUCAACGAUAAUCCACCAGCGGAUUUAAGUGGAAAUAUCAUUUCUCCGAUUAUCAAUAAAGACGAUACUUGCGGAAAUGGUUGGGUAUGUGAGCAUCGUUGGAGACAGAUAUAUAAUAUGGUGCGUUUCCGAGUUGCAGUUAACGGUACAACGUUAAAUCAUUGGUGGGACAACGGUAGCAAUCAGAUCGCAUUUUGUCGUGGCAAUCGUGGAUUCAUUGCGAUCAAUGCCAACAGUUGGGACUUGAAAAGAACCUUCGACAGUUGCUUACCUACUGGCAGAUAUUGCGACGUCAUUUCUGGAAAUCUUGUGAAUGGCAGAUGUACAGGUAAAGUGGUUGAAGUUACAGCCGAUAAAAAAGCGUACAUCGAAAUCCUUUCGGGAGAGGAAGAUGGAGUUUUGGCCAUUCAUAUUAACGCCAAAGAAAACUGAAAGAAAUCAUAUGUCCUAAAACAUAUACGAUGGAAUUCUCUUUACUUUAAAUUAUUUAACGAUCAUAUUAUAUCAACAUUAAUUAAUUAAUCUAUGCGAUAAAUCGAAUUAAAAUAAUUCAUAUUAUUUCGCUCGAAUCCUGUAAUUGGGUCAAAAAGGAAGGCCAUUGGUAUCUUUCAACAAAUAUAUUGUAACAGAAACAA